CCUGCGCCAUCCCCGGGCUGCUAUGGAGGGUUCGCGCCGCGUAACCGCCACUCCGGGGCCGGAGGCGUCUUGCUCUUCCUGGGGGGCCGCUAGUACAAAUACAAAUUUGCCAGUCAUGUCAGCAGAAUCUGUGGAGAUCGAUGAUUCAUUAUACAGCCGACAGAGGUAUGUCCUUGGAGAUACCGCAAUGCAGAAGAUGGCCAAGUCCCAUGUUUUCUUAAAUGGUAUGGGUGGUCUUGGUUUGGAAAUUGCGAAGAAUCUUGUUCUUGCAGGAAUUAAGGCACUUACAAUUCAUGAUACUGAAAAUUGCCAACCAUGGGAUCUAGGAACCAACUUCUUUAUCUGUGAAGAUGAUGUUGUUAAUAGGAGAAACAGGGCUGAAGCAGUACUUCAACACAUUGCAGAGCUAAAUCCAUAUGUUCAUGUCACGUCAUCUUCUUUUCCUUUAAAUGAAGCCACAGAUCUCUCCUUUUUAAAUAAAUACCAGUGUGUAGUAUUGACUGAGACUAAACUUCCAUUGCAGAAGAAAAUCAAUAAUUUCUGUCGUUCUCAGCAACCUCCAAUUAAGUUUAUCAGUGCAGAUGUAUAUGGAAUUUGGUCACGAUUGUUUUGUGAUUUUGGAGAUGAAUUUGAAGUUUUAGAUACAACAGGAGAAGAACCAAAAGAAAUUUUCAUUACAAACAUAACGCAAGCUAAUCCUGGCAUUGUCACUUGUCUUGAUAAUCAUCCUCACAAACUUCAGACAGGACAGUUUCUAACUUUUCGAGAAAUUAAUGGAAUGACAGGCUUAAAUGGAUCUACACAGCAAAUAACUGUCAUAUCACCAUUUUCCUUUAGCAUUGGAGAUACUACAAAACUGGAACCUUAUUUACAUGGAGGCAUAGCUAUCCAAGUUAAGACUCCUAAAACAUUUUACUUUGAACCAUUGGAGCAGCAGAUAAAAGAUCCAAAGUGCCUAAUUGCGGAUUUCAGCAAACCUGAGGCAUCUCUGCAGAUUCACGCAGCUAUGCUUGCCUUGGACCAGUUUCAGGAGAAAUACAGUCGCAAGCCAAAUAUUGGAUGCCAGCAAGAUUCAGAAGAGCUGCUGAAACUAACAACAUCUAUAAGUGGAACUUUGGAAGAGAAGCCUGACGUAAACGCCAACAUUGUUCAUUGGCUCUCUUGGACUGCUCGAGGCCUUUUACCCCCAGUUGCUGCAGCAGUAGGAGGUAUUGCCAGCCAAGAAGUAUUGAAAGCUGUGACAGGAAAGUUUUCUCCUUUGUGCCAGUGGUUAUACAUUGAAGCGGCAGAUGUUGUUAAGCCCCUGGAUAGACCUGAACGUGAAGAGUUUUUACCACGAGGAGAUAGAUAUGAUCCCUUACGAGCAUGUAUUGGAGACAGUUUGUGUCAGAAGCUGCAAAAUUUGAAUAUCUUCUUAGUAGGGUGUGGAGCCAUAGGCUGUGAAAUGCUGAAAAAUUUUGCUUUACUUGGUGUUGGUGCAGGCAAAGAGAAAGGCAUGAUCACAGUUACAGAUCCUGACUUAAUAGAAAAGUCCAACUUGAACCGACAGUUUCUAUUCCGUCCUCAUCACAUUCAGAAACCUAAGAGCUAUACCGCUGCUGAUGCUACCCUGAAGAUAAAUCCUCAGCUCAAAAUAGAUGCACACUUGAACAAAGUCUGUCCAGCCACUGAGGCUGUUUACAGCGAUGAUUUUUAUAAUAAGCAAGAUAUAAUUAUUACAGCAUUAGAUAAUGUAGAAGCUAGAAGAUAUGUAGACAGUCGCUGCUUAGCAAAUCUACGACCUCUCCUAGAUUCUGGAACAAUGGGCACUAAGGGACACACUGAAAUUAUUGUACCUCACUUGACUGAGUCCUAUAACAGUCAUCGGGAUCCCCCAGAAGAGGAAAUACCGUUUUGUACUCUAAAAUCCUUCCCAGCUGCUAUUGAACAUACGAUUCAGUGGGCAAGAGAUAAGUUUGAAAGUUCCUUUUCCCACAAGCCUUCACUGUUUAACAAAUUUUGGCAAACCUAUUCAUCUGCAGAAGAAGUGUUACAGAAGUUACAAACUGGACACAGUUUAGAAGGAUGUUUUCAAGUUAUUAAAUUACUAAACAGAAGACCUCGAACCUGGCCUCAAUGUGUCGAAUUAGCAAGAUUAAAGUUUGAGAAAUAUUUUAACCAUAAGGCUCUUCAGCUUCUUCACUGUUUCCCUUUGGACACACGAUUAAAAGAUGGCAGUUUGUUUUGGCAGUCACCAAAAAGGCCCCCGUCUCCAAUAAAAUUUGAUAUAAAUGAGCCUUUGCACUUCAGUUUCCUUCUGAAUGCUGCAAAAUUGUAUGCUGCAAUCUAUUGCAUUUCAUUUACAGCAAAGGAUUUAUCGGCAGAUGCCUUUUUGAAUAUACUUUCCAAAGUAAAAAUUGAGGAAUUCAAGCCUUCUAACAAGGUUGUUCAGACAGAUGAAGCUGCACGAAAACCCGACCAUGUUCCUGUUAGCAGUGAAGAUGAAAGGAAUGCUGCUUUCCAGCUAGAAAAGGCUAUUGCAUCUAAUGAAGCUACAGCAAGUGAUCUUCAGAUGGCAGUGCUUUCAUUUGAGAAAGACGAUGACCAGAAUGGACAUAUAGAUUUUAUCACAGCUGCAUCAAAUCUCCGUGCUAAAAUGUAUAGCAUUGAACCUGCUGACCGUUUCAAAACAAAGCGCAUAGCUGGUAAAAUCAUACCCGCCAUAGCAACGUCUACUGCUGCGGUUUCUGGCUUGGUUGCAUUGGAGAUGAUCAAAGUUGCAGGUGGCUAUCCAUUUGAAGCCUACAAAAAUUGUUUCCUUAACUUAGCCAUUCCAGUUAUGGUGUUUACAGAGACAUCGGAAGUGAAAAAAACUGAAAUCAGAAACGGAAUAUCGUUUACAAUUUGGGACAGGUGGACUAUACAUGGAAAAGAAGACUUCACCCUUUUGGAUUUCAUAAAUGCAGUCAAAGAGAAAUAUGGAAUUGAGCCAACAAUGGUGGUACAGGGAGUCAAAAUGCUUUAUGUUCCUAUAAUGCCUGGACAUGCAAAAAGAUUGAAGCUAACAAUGCAUAAACUUGUGAAACCUUCUACUGAAAAGAAAUAUGUGGAUCUUACUGUGUCAUUUGCCCCAGACACUGAUGGAGAUGAAGAUUUACCCGGACCUCCAGUAAGAUACUACUUUAGUUAUGACACUGAUUAACAGAAGUUGUCUUAAAGUUUCUUCAAGACUGAUUUUGGGACGAGAUUGCAUAAUUCAGCAAAGCUAAAGGAAAUCAUCUCAUAACACCAUGGAUUUCUCUUUGAUGAAGCCUUAAUGUAAGGGAAAUAUCCACAGAAAACUACAAUGAAGAGUUAAGAAACAUUUUCGAGCAGAGUUGUAAUAUUUUUGGAGCAUAGUAUACACUUGUCUGGUGCAUCAUACAAGAAUAUGGUCGCAAGCAACUUUGAACUGGAAUGCCAUGUAAUAAUACUUACCAUUAAUUUGUAUCUUGACCUCUAAAUAAAAAGGAAAAACGCUAUAUAUAUAUAUAUUCCCUUAACAGGAGAGAAAAUAUCAAGAGACUGAAAGUUGUAAAAGCAAUUUUCUAAAUAGUGAAUUCUGUUUUAUGAAUUUUAUCUUUGUUAUAUAUUUGAGUCCCAUUUGCCUAUACAAAUAUUGCUUGGCAACUUGUUCUUGUUGUGAUUAAACUUUGAAUUUUACAACAGCUGAAAGAGAAGGGGUGAUAGCAGUGGAUGAAAGUAGACAUCAAGUUCCGCAGUUAUAGUUGCCCCUUUGAGCUUUAAACAGAGUUUGUUACAUCACUGUCUUUCCCUAAAUCAGGGUCUUUAUUAAUAGCAUCAGUGUUGUAAGUUGAAAGUUGAUGGCACAUAUUAUCUUGGACUAAAUAUUAACAGUAUUGUAUGGAUUCUGACUACUUAUUUUAGAGAAUCCGCUAAUGUGAACAGAUAAAUGCAGCUGAUCAUUUGAUUCUUCUGUCUGCCUUCUGAUAUGGCUGGUUUAUUUAUUUGGAACGCUAAACUUUAUUGUCAUAGUUUGUAAAACCAAGAGAUUUUGUAAAGGUAAUAGCCCUAGAAAUGAUAAAAUCUAGACAUUUAAAACAGUCACUAGCUGAGUCUUGAUUAUUUCCUUGCAGUCUAAUGGAAAAAAUACAUUUUGGGGGGUAUUUUAUUUGAAAGGAAAACAUUAAUUCUAUAUUCCCGGAAAGUGACAAAAAAAAUUUAAGAAACAUUUAGGUCUUUAUUAAUAGAAAUCUUCUGUUUCCAAGUUAAAACUAUAGCAGAUAUUCAUAAGUAACUGCAAACUCAGUGAAUGCAUACAGCAAAAGCAAUUUGCAUAUUAUAAAACAGUAAAUUGUUUUCUUAGAGCUGCUUUUCUGCUUUGCUUUCAGACAAUUAGUAGGAAAUUUUAAGUUAAAAAAUCUCAGUAUUAAUCCAUUUUGGUGUCCUUUAUACUCUUGACUAAAGUUUUCUUUAAAUUUAUUUUAAAAUAUUUUAAAUUACUUUAUCAACCAGCUAGCUAUGUUGCUUUAUCAUUUUGUAAAAGUGUCAUAACCAUAAAAGUGGAAAAAUACAUGUACAUGCAUAUGUAGAGGAUUAAUUUGUGUGACUGAAAGAUAACCCUCAUUGGAAGGUGAGAAGUAGACAGGAUGAAUCUAUAGUAAAUCGCCACCUUUGAAAAUACUUUUCAUUCACUAAAUCUUCUCCUGUCAUCAUGCACAUUGCAAAUUAAAUUGUAAAACUUAAAUAUUAAUAUUAAUAUUGAAUGUAGGAAUAGCAGUGUUCUGACUUGGAACUGUAGAGGUUAGAAGUAAUUAAAGGACUUUUUUUGGUAAGAAGUCUUUUUUUCUACUUUCUCUGUUUUGAGCUAUGUAACAUAGUCCUCAACUCUGCUCUAAUAGUAUUUCUAUUUGACCUCAAUUACGAUUUCUUUAGAAGUAAAUUUAGAACCUGCUAUCAGUUCUUAUUUGUAGAGAUCAGUGCUUUGGCAAAUA